CAUUUGAGCGCAUGUGGAGUUUUAGAGCCAGCUUUUCACCUGGCAGAAAGGUUAUUAAUGAAUAUGGAUUACCGCCUAGAGCUCCAGCUAAGAAAACACAACGAAUAGACUCCAGAAAUUCGAGAAUUUCAAAUACCGUCAUUCCUGUUAAAGAAGAGACCAUUUCCGAAGAAAAAAAUGAAUCAGAUGAAGAAUAAAUGUCUAUGAAAUUUAAAGAAGAGAA